UUAGGUAGUAACUGCGCAUGCGCGGAGUCACGUGCUUUAAAAUGGCCAUGGAAGGAGAAGGCAUAAAGUUUAUAAACUCCUUGUCCUAUAGAUUGGCUGAGUCGUUUGGUUUUGAAAUUUUUGAUUAUUAUUCGACUGAUGCUGAUUUUUAUGACAUAUUGAAGAGUUCAGUUGACUCCCUUCCAAACUGCGAGCUCAAAGAUCAUUUGGUGGAGAACACCAGUCGUUACAGAGACCAGUUGAAAAGCCUGUUAGAGAGUAAAUUUAAGCCAGUUGCUAUUCCGAGCUCCUCUGCCCUCACUAAAGAGAGUGUUUCUGAGUCACUGAAAACAAUAAAAGCAUCUACAUCCAAUCCAAACCUCAGCAAGGAAGAGAUAUGCCACAUGUAUGAGCAAUUGCUAGUAAGCAGUUCUUCAAAUGAAUGCAUCAGCUUUAAAGAAAUAAGUAACGAGUGGGCGGAGUAUUUGGUUCAUUCAUGUGAUGGCGAAUCUAUACUCAAGGCCAUUGACUUUUAUUCACAAUGUCUCCUAAACACUCAAACCCUCAUAUUCUGCCUAGACACCUUCAUCUAUUUAUAUUCACAUUUACUGACAAUUGGAGCUACACCUUCUACCGAGAAGAUCCUCUCUGUUGUUUUUGCUGUUCACUUUUUGAUUUCCAGACCUGAGUGUGACAGUUGGGAUAUUUGCUAUGAUAACCAGCUAAGUGCCCUCCUAUCUAUUUAUAUCGAAUGCUGUCUGCUUAAUAGUGAUAGUAAAGGUGUUGGUGAUUUGUCUUCACAUUUGAGAAGGACUCUACUUACAUUUUCCAGCAAAGGAGUAGUUGCUUUGAGCUCCUUGCUACAGGUAAAUGUACCAAAUGGCAAAGAAGGUGUCGUUUUAGAAUUAAUAAAAUCAGUUCUCAAUUGGAUUCAGUUUAGUUCUUUUGGACUCCGUCGCAAUGUUUGUGAUUCACAUGUUUACUUAUGUUAUAUAUGCUGUCUCAAUUUUGCUAAACGUCUAAGCUUCGAAUCUUCAAAGCAUUUUGAAUCAAAGUGUUAUUUAAAGGCUCCAGCAUUAUUCUCUAAAUGGCUAUAUUCAGUUGAUUCAAGUAUUUGUGAGACAUUAGGAAUAAAAAGAAUAUGGUCGUCAGAACAGAUUCAGGAGCAUCUUCUCUCUGAUAUCACGAAAGAGAAAGAAGAGUUACUCUUAUGUCUUCUGUCUCACACUGACAGGACUACAGAAAAGAAUCCAUCAUCUAAUGAUUUUAGAGAAGAGACUAGGGAAAAGGAGGAAGUUCUCAAUGCAGAGAGUAAUGGUGUAUUUUUCCUUGAUAACGAAGGGGAAGAUAUAGCAGGCGUCACAAAGGAAUGGAGUAACGAAGAGGAGAGGAAUGAGGAAAUACAAGAGGCUACUCAUGCAGUCAUUCCCGCCUACAUGGAGACUAAUGAUACUGAAACUAGCCAAAUCAGUGAGGAAGAAUGUCCUAUGACUGACAAGUGUAGUGAUGCUAUUGCCAAAGAGGUCACUACUCCAGUACAGAAAGUUUCUAGUGCAAAGAAGCGGAAGUCACUUCUCAAGAAACUUCGCAAAAGCACUACCCCUCCCAUGAAGUUAAAGUUCUCUCCAAGAAUUUUAAGGAGUGCUACAAAGAAAAAGUUGCUGGCCAGUUCAGCUAGACUCAAAAAUUGAUGUCAACACAUUUCUAAUUAUUAUUUGUUAUUAUAUAUAAUAAUUCUUAUUAUAAUAUAUAAUAAAAGUAAAUGACCACUCUGUUGCUAGAAUACAACUAUACAUUGUUUGUGAGUUUAGUGCAUUUAAUUGUCAUGUUGUGUGUAAAUUUCAGCUUGUAUGUAUUCCUCCAUAUUGAACCU